GGUCUCUCUCUUCAUCACUUUUCAAAAAGUAGUAAAACAGUCUACUCUCUCAAAUAAAGGUUGCCUCAAAAGCCAGAAUCAUGUUUCUCUGGACUGGUACAGUCUGUAUAAAAUAAAAUGUUCUUAUCUUCAUUGAGUUCUUUGUAUUUAAAGUUUUCAAAAUCUACACUAUUUGUUUCCCUUUUGAUAUCUGUAUAUUAUUAGAGUUCUAUGUUUUAAUGAGGUAAUAAAUACUAAUAAGAUAAGAGGCCUUCAAUGUCCAUGGUGGUGAAGUUCCUAGAGGGCAAAAUGGAUGAUGUAAACGAAUGUGAUUUCUCAAAUCCACCAGGACCUGUUGAAGUGGAAACUCUUGGACACCAAAUGGAUGUAGCUACAGUUACUACUUCUCCACUGAUUCCAUCUAUCUUAUCUGGUCCAAGGUGAUGAUAUGGGGGAAAAGAAGACAUAAAACACGUGCUGCAAUGGUCUUGGUGGAUUUGAGAAAUCACAUACUAAUGAAGGCAAGAUUCCCUGACAAGAAUAUCACAGAUAUUAUACAAGCUGCCAACCAAUUAGCUGCUGCCAAUAGAUUGGAUAGAGAGGUAAACUUUUUUGUUGAACCAUUUAAUUACUUUGUGGUGCUAUUAUUAUUUUAGUUUUCAAUUUUCACUGCUUCUUACGGAGCUCUUUGUAUUCUUGCAUAUAUAUGGUUUGGUAGAUGGCAAAUAGAUUUUUCAUUGGGAG